GGGCCACGUCAGCGUCUGAUCCGCGCGUACGGCGGGAUGGGGACGGCGGCCCUGGGCGCCGAGCUGGGCGUGCGGGUCCUGCUCUUUGUGGCCUUCCUGGUGACCGAGCUGCUCCCUCCCUUCCAGCGGCGGAUCCAGCCCGAGGAGCUGUGGCUCUACAGGAACCCGUACGUGGAGGCGGAAUACUUCCCCACCGGCCGCAUGUUUGUCAUUGCCUUUCUCACUCCACUGUCCCUGAUCUUCCUCGCCAAGUUUCUAAGGAAAGCUGACGCUACCGACAGCAAGCAAGCCUGCCUCGCUGCCAGCCUUGCCCUAGCUCUGAAUGGUGUCUUUACCAACAUAAUCAAACUGAUAGUGGGCAGGCCACGCCCAGACUUCUUCUACCGCUGCUUCCCCGAUGGGCUGGCCCAUUCUGAUCUGACGUGCACGGGGGACAAGGAUGUGGUGAACGAGGGCCGAAAGAGCUUCCCCAGUGGACAUUCUUCCUUUGCAUUUGCUGGUCUGGCCUUUGCUUCCUUCUACCUGGCAGGGAAGUUACACUGCUUCACACCACAAGGCCGUGGGAAGUCCUGGAGGCUCUGUGCCUUUCUGUCACCUUUACUCUUUGCAGCCGUGAUUGCACUGUCCCGCACGUGUGACUACAAGCACCACUGGCAAGAUGUGCUAGUUGGCUCCGUGAUUGGAAUGACAUUUGCCUACGUCUGCUACAGGCAGUACUACCCCCCUCUGACUGACGUAGAGUGCCAUAAACCAUUUCAGGACAAGCACAAACUUCCAUCCUCACAGAAGCCCAGUGAGUUGCACCAUUUGGAAAUUUAGCUGAAUCUACCUCAGUGGAGAACAAGCAAAUCAACCCUCCUAACUGGACAGGACGCACAAACCAAGGAUUUCUGGCUUGACCUCUUCAGGGUCAAAGUGAGGACAUAGCCACACUGUACUUGCCUCCACAGAGCUGUACACUUUGCCCCACUUCCAAGGCUAGACCCUGAGGUCUCAGUGCUUGGCCUGGCACGGCUCUGUCAGGACUUCUCUCACUAGGUUAAUCCAUAGGAUUGCUAUUCUAAGACCUAGUGUCUACAUUGAUUAAAUGUCACUCCAGAAGAAACCUUUCCACAAAGGAAGCUUUUCAUGACCCCAUUUACCAAACAUAAUCCCUGUCCUUUAUAAAUAAGGGCAGUGCUAGCUAAACUCUGAUUUGGCUUACUUUUUGUGGUAACAUUCCAUUAAGCCUUAAAUAAUAAAACAUCCAAUUUUGGCCAAUUUUUUUACUUUUUACUACAUUAGGAAAGAAAAAUUAGGGAUAUUAUCUAGAAAAUAAAUGUUAUUUUCUGCCUUUGUUCAUAAUGAAAUAAAUGGCACAACUAGAGGCUAUUACCAGGACAUCAUAUGGAGGACCAACUGAUAGCUACUGCUUCUUUAUUGUUAUUAUACUUUAAAUAAAAGUCUUUACUUCUUCCUAUAA